GGAUAACCGGACACGGAUGCUAAGGCUCUGGAGGUACAGGAAGAGGUCUGAAAGAUUUGUUAGUGUUGCUCAUCUGGCAAAACCUUUACCAAACAUAAUGCAUUACAUCGCUGUCUUUGCUCUCCUGGUGGCCUGUGCCCUGGCUGAUGACUCCCACUACUCCUUUUCCCAGUCUGUGGGAGGAGGCGGGGGCACCUCGUACAGCGUCACCGGGGAGGGCAGAAUCACAGCCGUUAGAGUGUGGGAGGUCUACAGCAACUACAUCUACGGCUUCCAGCUCCGUUAUGGAGACGAUUGGACUCCGGUUAUUGGCUACGUAUCCGGUCAACCCCAUGAGCUGCAGUUAUUCGAGGGCGAAAGAAUCGUCCAGAUCUCCGGAAAGUACACUCACUACAUUCAGUCGCUGAUCUUUGCCACCAGCCUGGGCCGCUCCCUGCAUGUCGGCCAGCCCGCAGGCCACUCCUUCAACAUGUAUGCUACCCACCCAGACGCUGAGCUGCGCUUCCUCAGUGGCAUGACCAGUGGGCUGCCCACUUCCCUCCAGGCCCACUGGGCAAUCUUUGAUACAGAGAGCAGUGAAGCUCAUUAAACAACGAUGAAGAAAACCCCAGUGGUAAUUUUCUCCCACAGUCAAACAGGGAUUUUCUCCUGUUUUAUGCAUUUUCUUUAACUUUUUAACUGGACUGUGAAUGAAUUGAGUUUUGAAUUUGUAAAACCUUUAUGCAUUCAUUCAAGUUUAGAUUAAAAUUCGCUUCAAUGAUAAGACCGUUCCUGAUUAUCUUUACUGACAUGUUAAUUUGACCAUUUUCAGGGUCAAAAUAAUUUGAUUUUAGUGCUCCUAGAAAUAACAAUCUACUUUAUUUUGUCUUGAUGUAAUUAUAUCUGUCACCCCCUAAUUAUUGCAGAAUAAUAUGAUGUGUUAUGGAUAAGUAAAAUGAGCGAAAAUCUGUGUGCAUUUAAUUUAAACUCUAGUUUAAUCAAGUUCUAAAUCAUGUUUUUAUUCUUUUAUGAUAACAGUUGAUAAAAACUAAUCACAUCAUAUUUAUGACUUGUUUUCCUUCCUUUACAAACACAACCAUGCAUGGUUGCUAAGAACUGCUUAAUUUACAUCUGGUUUGUUAACAGGUCUGAUUCUUUUUUAGUUAAACAAAGCUUUAUUAUUGUACUUAUACAAACUGAAAAUAAAUAUCAAUC